AUGGAAGCCGAAGAAGAAAGCAGCCAGAAUGGAAGAACCAAAGGGCGACACAAUCGGCAAAGGGGCCUUGAGCCUGAGCUUCGUGUGAUCGACAUCGAGACCAAAGAGGAAGUUAGUGCUGAUACUCUUUCAAUCAACCGGUUUGAGGGUCUCUCUGCAUCUGAUUAUCACUUGAGCGUCUUACCACCUUGGAAAACCCCGGAAGGUCAGAUUGUCCAACGUGGAGCUCUGGGAGCCCUUGGGUACGGGCUUUUGGAUGCCACUAUGUACUCUGCUCGGCUUUUUAGCUCCGGCGCUAGCAUCCGCAGUACCACCAGCAGCGGCGACAAAGGCUCGAUCCGAGCUCCACCCUCCUUCAGAUCCAAGCUUUCUUCCGCUGAAGAAUCCCUUCCAAAAGAGGUUCAAGAAGUUUCAGGUGCUCCUGGUGCUAAAAUCUUUGUCCACAGUCCAUAUGAUUGCGUAGUCGCUGUCAAAAGAGACCUCGCUGAUCGUUUGUCUUGGCUAGAUAUGCAUGGCCAGUAUGAGGACGCCUGGCGUCUAGUGGAUAGACACCCCGAAGCCGCGGGAUCAAUACCCGAUGUUAGCGAGAUUGUCUCCGAGGCUGCUGGUAGAUCACAAACCAGCCUUGGUGAGUUCUUCGCCGACGAUAGAUCAUCCAUAACAACAACCCGGCAGCCAAAGGUUUCUGCUGCUGAGCAAGAGAAGGCUCGCCUUGGAGAACUUUGGGUCAAACAGCUUGUGAGCCAGGAGAAGUGGGUUGACGCUGUUAGGAUUUGCGGCAAAGUCAUCCGCACUGCUUUGCAGUGGGAGCAUUGGGCAUGGGUUUUUAUCAACAAUGAUCGAGUUGACGAAAUUACUCCCCAUAUUCCGGUCGACUUGAACCCACCCUUAUCUGCCGUGAUCUAUGAAACCAUUCUCCUUCAUUAUGUAUCCCGAGAUUUGGUCAAGUUCAAAGAGUUAGUGGAGACAUGGCCUUCAGACUUGUUCGAGCCGAACACGAUCACAGAAGCCAUCGAGGCACAGUUGAAAACAAAACCUGGGCAAGUUGAGUCUGAGGACUGGCGAACCCUCACGGAUUGUCUCGCCAAGUUAUUCUUAGUUGGAGGGCAUUACCGCGAGGCUUUGCGUUGCUACAUUCGACUGAAAGACGCGGAUGCAGCCAUGGCCUUAGUCCGCGAACACCGCCUGCUUGAUGCAGUCACCGAUGACAUCCCGGCAUUCAUCAUGCUUCGCGUUAGUAAAGAGCAGAUGAAGUCUGCAUCAAAGUCGGAGUUGGAGGAGUUGACUUCUGAGCCUACCCGGCUGCUCGUGAGCGAGGCAUACACAGGUAUUGUCCUCCCAGAGACCGUCGUAUCGCAAUUAAUCGACGCAAACCGAUUCCUGUUUCUCUAUUUCUAUCUCCGUGCGCUCUGGCGUGGCGAGUCAUUACCCCAUGAUGCCUCUAAACCUCGCAGGGGACGUGGGGCCCAUGCUCGGGACGCAGCCAGCAAACUUGCUGCCGAUGAAGGCAAGGCUUUGAUUGACAACUUUGCCGACACGACCGUUGAGGUCUUCGCCGACUAUGACCGCCCCCUUUUGAUGGAGUUCCUACAAAACAGCAUUUCUUAUUCUUUCGAGAAAGCCACAUACAUCUGCGAAGAGCACAAAUUCACAGCUGAAUUAAUAUACCUCUUAUCAAAGAUGGGCCAAACCAAACGUGCUCUCAAUUUGAUUUUGUCAGACCUCAAGGACGUUUCCCAGGCCAUAUCAUUUGCCAAAUCACAGGAGGAUCCGGACCUUUGGGAAGAUUUGCUCGAUUAUUCAAUGGACAAGCCGAAAUUCAUACAUGGCCUCCUGGUCGAGGCGGGGACAGCCAUCGAUCCGAUCAAACUGGUGCGCCGAAUUCCAAGCGGACUGGAGAUUGAGGGCCUCAGAGAGGGCCUCACUCGCUUGAUCCGUGAGCACGAUCUGCAGGCUAGUAUAAGCCAAGGCGCGGCCAGGGUCAUGCAAAGUGAGGUUGCUCUCGGCAUGGACUCUCUGCGCAAAGGCCAGCGCCGUGGAAUAAAGUUCGACGUCCGAGAGGAUGGUGAACAAAAUGUUAGUCUGACGCCGACAAUCAAGCCUCAAAUUCAAGAUCAAAUAUCGGAGAUCAGUGGCAAAAGAUUUGCAGCGUCUAGACAAGGAAGAUGCGGUGGAUGUGACACUGCUUUCCGUGCAAACGAACGAGAGAUUCUUGUUGGAUUUGCUUGUGGUCACAUUUUCCAUCUUUCCCACCUGCAUGCAGAUACACCUCAAUCUGACACGCACAGUCACAAUCGAUCUACAGACCACACACCUCGGCCCAUGUCCCCAGUCGACGAGUCUCCAUCAGCCACCGCUUCUCGCACUAUCGGCCCCAAGGUGACGACGGCGCGGAUUUUACGUGACCAGAUCGGCGAUGGAUGCCGGAUCUGUGCGUUGACGAGAAAGAUAGAGUCCCUUGGCGAGACCGAGCCUUAA